GCUGAAAUCAACGGGAGCUCUACGGAAUGCCUCGUCGUGGCAGGCUUAUGCUGUCUCGGCUCGCCUAAGGGGUCUUUUCCAGCCGCCUUAACUCCACAACCCAGUCAGCGACUGGCUUCUGAGCACGGUGGCCCAAGGACCACGUUGUGAACGGCGCGGCCCUCUUGCUUGGCGUUCUCCUCCCGUUUCAGAGGGACGGCCCUGCGCCGAAAAAGGAGGCGAGGAGUUUACGCGCGCUUGGCUCAGGCGCGUUACGGUCCACCUCGUAAUCUCCUCCCUGGUUUGGGGCAAACGAAGUUUAGUAAUGGCGGCGCCCGAGGGGCUGCUGGGCUCCGUGGCUGAGACAGAAAUAGACCCCGAUGGCACUUUCAAAUACAUUCUGGUUCGGAUUCAGCGCGGCCCCGACGAAUGCCGCCAUAUCGUGAGGGGCACAGCGGCUGCAGAAUGCCACAAUCACAUAUUUGAAAAAUUAAAUCCUGAAAUGGAAAAGCUGGGCUUUACAUGCAAAUGUCUUGGCGGCGGAAAAAUACAGCAUAAUAGCAAAGAAAAGAAAAUCAGAGUAUUUGGUCUUUCUACAGGAUAUGGUAAAGCAGAUCAUUCCAUGACUGUAGAAAUACUGAAGAGGACUUAUAAAGAUUAUGAAAUUAGUUGGUCAGAUGACAAGAAGUGAAGUAUUGCUGCAUAAUCUAAAAUAUAAAGUCAGUUUGUAAUUGUUCUUUCUGGCAUAAUGUAGACUUAGUUCUUGAAUUCCACUACAAAACAUGCUCUGUGUAUUUAGUUUAUGAUAAAUAAAAAGCUUGAGUGUUAA